UGCAUAGAACGUUCACUUAUCAAUUUGUCAGGAUAUCGGCGAUGCUACGGCCACUUUUAACUGCCGCAAGGCAUUAAUUUGUCGUUCGAUCUCGUGAACGGAAGUGGUACGCGAUUUUGCGCCUAAAAACGGUUUAAAUAUAAAUUGGCGAUUGUCACAACCGACGGGCUUUCAAAUCGCAGAUUUAAGUGCGUGUAUGGAAAAAAAGUUAUUAAAAAAAUAUAUGAAAAAUAUUUUAUAUCACGUUUUUCUCAAUAAAAAAGUGCUGCCAGUGAAUAGAAAUGUGCUAAUAUCUGUUGUGUUUAAUUGAAAAUACUAAAAAUUACUAAUUAUUUCAAAAACAGAAUCUAAAAAUGUUAAAAGAAAACAAAUAGCAUAUCAAUUAAUUCGACGAGAUCAAGGAUCCGAUGAAAUCGUGAAUUAUAAAGUUGAAAACGCAUAAAGUUAGAGAACGUAAUUCCAGCAAAUUGAUAAGGAAUUCAAAUACAUUGAGCGCAGUUUUUAGAGAGAGGGUGACAACAGCACUGAUUCCGAUCAUAAACAAAUUAAUUGUUAUCUAACAAAGAAUCUACAAACAGUAGACGACAACAGCUGUAUGCUGUCGAAGAACACUUGUUCUGGUGUCAAGUGCACGUGUAGGACACGCGGCCCUUAGCAAGAUUGUGUUGACGAGCAUGAGGCAUACUCGUAUCGUUUUGUAACGAAAGUGUCAAAAGUCAAAUACGAGUGCUGAAAUCGGAGGCGACGCGUGUGCGCACUUAGAAAGUUGAGUUUUUGAAAGGAAAUGCGCAAACCAUUAAAUGCCAAUUAUUCAAUUAAAUAAUUGUGUUUACAAACAAUUAGACGAGUCAACAAGCGUAUGGAACUACAACAAGAACAAUCUUAAUAAUAGUAAUACACUUCACGCCGCACCUUUAACCAAUAUUACCGCUAAAAUGUUCUCACUCGAUAAUUUCGAUUUGGAAGCGACAAUGGCGCGACACUUUUUCGAAGGCUCACAAGCAACGAAUGGUUCCAGCUCCAGUUCGGAAUUCUUCUUCGGCGAUGAUGAUAAUAGUUCGGAGAGUGACGAGGACGAUGCGUAUAGCAGUGGCUUCAAUAGUGAUCAGGAAAAUAAUGAAAAGAGUCGCUUACACAAGCCGCGUCGCUUGAAGUGCGCCUCGCAGAUGGCGCAACAGCGACAAGCGGCCAAUUUGCGUGAACGACGCCGUAUGCAGAGCAUCAAUGAGGCUUUUGAGGGGCUACGUUCGCAUAUACCCACCUUGCCGUAUGAGAAACGUUUGAGUAAAGUGGAUACCUUGAAGUUGGCCAUCAGUUAUAUAACUUUCCUGAGUGAAAUGGUGAAAAAGGAUAAGAAUGGCAAUGAACCGGGUUUGACGUUGCAGCGCAAUUAUCAAAAAGAGCCGCCCAAGAAGAUUAUACUCAAAGAUAGAAGCGGCGGUAUUGCUCACUCACUCUCGUGGUAUCGCAAGGGGGAUCGCUAUCCGGGUAGUAAACUCUAUGCACGAACUUGGACACCAGAAAAUCCGCGUGCACCUACACACCAUAGCGCACAUCAGCAGCACAAUGGACACCAAUCAUUGGGACAAAUGCCUUUACAACAACAUCAGCAACACCAAAUAACAACAACAGCACAACAGUUUAACAAUCAUAAUCAGAAUAGCAAUCAAAGCGAUGAUUCAACCAGUGGCUACAGUAAUUUAGGCGAAGGUAGCAGUACCGGCGGCGGCAGCACAUCAACUGAGGGAUAUUGUGGUGGAACUGCGGAUGGGAUUGGAACAUCAAAGCAGCAAGGCGUUAAUGUCAAUAGCAUGCACCAAAAUGGAAUCUAAGUGGUAGAGUAAAGGUGCAAUUCGAGCGUGCAAUUAACAACAAAAAAACAAAAACAAGCGAUAAUGAUGUGGUGAUUUCUGUAAACGAUGCUAGUCAAAAGCGUGUUAGUAGUAACUAAAUAUAAUAUGUAAAAAUAUUUUAAAACAAAUAAUAAGUAAAAGCUCUUCUUCGGCGCUAAGGCAAACAACAAGUUUCUGCUAUAAACUCCUCGCUAAACACAUUAGCCUAAACUCUUCUAAGUCAUGAUCAUAAGACAUACUUAUUUACUAACUAAAACAAGUUCUUCUGUGGUAUAUUAAUUUUAAGUGAAUAUUUAUUUAAUUAGAAUAACUAAUAUUAAGGUUAAAGCUGAAUUUAACUCUUUAGAAAAUUGCGAAA